AACUUGUACAAUGGAAAUAUGGGGAAACAUACAGAUCGAGUAAAUAUUUGCAUUCUCUUAUUUGUCAACCCUUUAGAUAUAUUUUGAAAAGUAGGUGAGGACUUUAAAGCAAAACAAUAUGAACUCAAAACAAAAAUGCCUUAACUCGAGUAAGUGAAGUGUGAAGAAAUCUCAUUCCGAGUCUAUUUGUCUAUUAAUACUACUCCUUAUUUAAUUUCAGAUAGUAUGUAAGAUUCCAGGAUGGCUACACAAUGUACACACUAAACAGCAAUAACAGAAGGUGAUAAUUACCAUACGCUACCUGAACGUAAUAGCCAAAGCCCGAGAGUAAGGACCAUGUCAAAAUAUCAAAAGCUCAGCAGCGCACUGCCACACAGUGGUCACGAAGACGAUUGCGACGAGGGCUUUUCACUAAAUCCGUACUUUGAUGAUAAUAGGCUGGAGUCGGCCAAUCCAGAAACUCAGUCAAAAGAUUUUCAAAAAUUCCGCUCCAGCAGCAAUGGCCAGACCUUCCACAGCAACGGUAGCAGCAGCGGGAGCAGGGCGUUAAUAGGGCAGGAAAUACCGCUCACUGCGGAGGAGCAGACGUGGGAGGUCCCGCUACUGGACGACUGCCAUGACAGUGCGAGCUACCGGCUGUCGGAGUCCGAGAGAAUGGAAUUCGAAAUCAAGCCGAAGUGCCGCAGCGGUCAUCUGGGAUUCGGCGCAAACCUAAAAAGCCAAUCCGCACAGGAGGCCAAAUUUAAAAUUCUCCUCGCGAUUUCUCUCUGCUGCAUAUUCAUGAUCAUUGAAUUCCUUGGGGGAUACGUGGCCGGAAGCUUGGCCAUUAUGGCGGAUGCCGCCCAUUUAGCAUCUGAUUGUAUUAGUUUCGUCAUUGGCCUAGUCGCCAUUUGGGUGGGCGGUCGUGCGCCGGACGAACGUAUGUCCUUUGGAUAUAAGCGCUUCGAGGUUUUCGGUGCCUUGGCGUCGAUUCUAGGAAUCUGGAUCUUGACUACCUUUCUAGUGGUUGUGGCAGUUCAGCGAAUUUACUCUCAAGACUUUGAACUGAACGUCGAUAUGAUGAUGGCCAUAUCGGGCAUUGGUAUUGCCAUAAAUAUUGUAAUGAUCUUCGUAUUACAUGGAUCCUGGUUUAUGGGCGGAAAGGGACACGGUCAUAGUCAUGGUCACAGUCACGGACACUCCUAUUCUGACCCAAGCUCACUAAAAACUGAAUCUAGUGAGACGUCGCUGAUGACUGUAGAAAUGACUGAUAAAGUUCCAAGUGAAAACUGUAUUGUUAUUCCAAAUGAAAGAAGAUUGUCUCAGAGUGACAGUGCGACAAGCUCCCGACUAGCUCACGAUGAGAAGAACCUGAACUUGCGAGCGGCAAUAAUUCAUGUAAUUGGUGACCUUGUGCAGAGCAUUGGCGUUUUUCUGGCGGCCGUCUUAAUCAAGUUUUGUCCGAGUGCAAAAUAUGCUGAUCCGAUGUGUACACUCCUUUUUUCGGUCAUUGUAAUUUUAACGACGGUCCAGUUGUUCAGAGAGUCUGUGUCCAUCCUCCUGGACGCCGUGCCGCCGAACCUCUGCUUACAGAGCUUGCAAUGCGACCUGGGUAGUCUUGAGGGCGUUAGAUCGGUGCAUCAUCUGAAUGUAUGGCAACACACCAGCGAACACAGGGUACUCAUGGUGCAUCUCGUCAUAGACCCACAUAGUGAUGGCGAGGAAGUGGUGGAUGCAGCCACAAGGCUUGUCUCUGGUUCAAAAUACAAAGUAAAGCAUUCAACAAUUCAAGUGGAACGAACUAUUACUUAGCCUCUGGGCCAUCAUAUCAAUUCAGUUUAUGCCUCGAAAUUCUGAGAAAACAAUUGCAUUUGAAAGAAUCAUGUGAUUUUACCCACUCGUGGACUUACCUUAUAGCGUGAUUUUUUCUAGUUAUAUUUUUUAUGAUAA